AUGUUCAUUCAAAAGCUCGCCCCCGCCUUCCUCGCUGUUGUGGCUAGUCUACCAGCUACUUUGGCAGGCACCUGCGCCGUCGUGGGCGAAGUCCGCGAUAUUCAUGGCGGAGGAUCACAGGAUGUCCCAGCCACUACCGGGAAUGGUACAAAGCUUACCUACGACAGUCAAAGGGUUUUCACGGCGACACUACAUUCUGGACUGGCGAUGACGGGGACCUUGAAGGUGAUGCCACUCUAG